ACGCCCUCGGGGUCAAGAUCACCAACCUCCUCGUCCCGGCGAUGGCGCUCGAGGGGGACGAGAUCCACCUCCGCUGCGACUACGAGGUGGAGGGCGGCUCGUCCUUCUACUCCUUCAAGUGGUACAAGGACGACAGGGAGUUCUACCGCCACUUGCCUUCGUCGAUGCAGAGCCCCGAGGAUCGCUGCGUCGAGGACAACCCCGUGGCGGGGGUCAAUGUCGAUUGCUGGGUCUCGACGGAGAGAGAAGUCGUGCUGAAGGACAUCACCCAAAGGACGUCAGGAGAGUACAAGUGCGAAGUCAUCGGCGAACAUCCCAAGUUCCGGAAGGACAUCAGGAAGUCUCGUCUUACCGUCUACUCCGAGCCCCUGCAGCGCCCUCUGGUCACCGGAAUGCAAGACACCUACACCACCAUGGACUACGUCAACCUCAACUGCUCUUCCAUGAACACAGAAUACUUCCCCGACUUUUCAUGGGAUAUCAACGGAAACCCUGCAGAUCCGAGCUUCGUACAAUUCCACGACCGACGGACGAGCGGCUUGACCUUCCAGGCUCGCCGUGACCUCUUCCAGCGCGGGGUCAUCAGAGUCACGUGCAAAGUGAGCCUCGGGAAACACCACUCUGACAUAGCCAAGGUCGAGCUCACCAAUCGAGAUUACUUGAGUGCCCAAGAAUACCACUUCAACACGGGUGAAAGGAGAAUCCCCACAGCUGGUCAUGUCGUGUCAUCGCUCCUUCUGCCUUCAGUCUACGCUCUGCUUUUCUCUUUGGUCUAAUAUUUGUACCCAUACGCUACUAUUAACCCCUAUGUAUAUGUGUAAAUAAAUGUUU